AUGGCUACGAUUUUAGCCCUCGGUACCGUGAUGCUGGAUUCAUUUGGCCUUUCUGAUAUCAGAACAGAAACGUUGUUUGAGAUUGUAAAGUUCACUAUGUGGGAGCCUUUGGCAAUCCCUGCUAUCUCAAAAGUCAUUCUCAUCUUUCCCGUCGACUUGAUCCUGAUCUUGUCACAUGCCUUGGGCAAAAUAUUGCUCACUUACACUGACAUUUCAUCGGACAAAGGUAUCGAAAAGGCUACACUAGAAGCCUAA